CCCUGGCGCCCAACCCCAUUCCGGUUCACUGCCGGUCUGCUCCGCUUUCUCCCUCUGGUUGCUCAGCUGUGCCGCCAGGCCCGGAUCUGCCAUGGCGUCCCCCCCAGCGGGCGGUGUGGUGAUCGUGGGCAGUGGACUCAUUGGUCGGAGCUGGGCUCUGCUGUUUGCCAGUGGAGGCUUCAAGGUGAAACUCUAUGACAUUGAGCAGCAGCAGAUAACAAACGCCCUGGAAGUCAUCAGGAAGGAGCUGAAAUCGCUGGAGCAGUCUGGUUCUCUCAAAGGCUCCCUGAGCGCAGAGCAGCAGUCGACGCUCAUCAGUGGCUGCGUUAACCUCGCAGAAGCAGUAGAGGGCGCCAUGCACAUUCAGGAAUGUGCUCCAGAGAACCUGGAGCUGAAGAAGAAGAUUUUUGCCCAGCUGGAUCGCCUCGUGGACGACAGAGUCAUCUUAAGCAGCUCCAGCUCCUGUCUGAUGCCUUCCAAGCUGUUUGCGGGCCUGGCCCACGUGAAGCAGUGCAUUGUGGCUCAUCCUGUCAAUCCACCAUAUUAUGUCCCGCUGGUUGAGCUAGUUCCCCACCCAGAGACGGCUCCAGCCACAAUGGACAGAACCUAUGCCUUGAUGAGGAAGAUUGGGCAGUCCCCUGUGCGAGUCCUGAAGGAGGUCGACGGCUUCGUCCUGAACCGCCUGCAGUACGCGGUCAUCGGCGAGGCCUGGAGACUGGUGGAGGAAGGAAUAGUGUCUCCUAAUGACCUGGACCUGGUCAUGUCGGAUGGGCUGGGCAUGCGGUACGCAUUCAUUGGACCCUUGGAGACUAUGCACCUCAACGCUGAAGGUAUUGUCAGCUACUGUGACAGAUACAGUGAUGGAAUGAAGCGGGUCCUCAAGACUUUUGGGCCUGUUCCAGAAUUCUCAGGGGCCACAGCAGAGAAAGUUAACCAGGACAUGUGCAUGAAGGUUCCUGAUGAUCCUGAACACUUAGCUGCCAGGAGGCAGUGGAGGGACGAUUGUCUCAAGAGUCUUGCCAAACUGAAACAGAAGGCGCAGCCCCAGUAGGUUUCUUGUAAUGUCUCCGUCACUCCUCCCUGGGAAGCUCUGUUCAGCGAGAUGAGACGCUCUUGAUCCGAUCCCUGUGUGGCACUGAGAAGCCCACGACGUCGUUGGCCUGAAGACCAGGUCUGCUCCCCUGUGUCUCACUGUGAGCAGCUGUAGACACCAAGUGUCUUCUGGUCACUCCCGCCUGACCCUGCGUUGCCUGGCUCUGGGGUGUGGAUUUCCUGCCACCUGGGCAAGCAGGCCGAAGAUCUUUACCUCUUUUCAGUGUGAUUACACGUGCAUUUGCAGGCGAUGAUUACAGUUUUCUGUCAUCUUAAUCUACUUCAAAAGAAUUUUUGUAAUCGUUUUCUAAUCCUCCUCUGAGUGUCCUGUGACCCUGCAUUAUGAAGCAAUCACCUUCAGCUUGAAUAAAUAAUAUUCUGAA